GGGAGGUGGCAAUGUGGGGGAGGUGGCCAAGGGCCCGGGUAAGAGAGGGAGGAAGGCCGACUUCAGGUUUGUGCGUCCGCCUGGUUAAGCUCAAGUCCUGGACAGUCGUGGAGAAAUCUUCUGUUGUUUCAUUUUAAUCAUGGCUGCUGUUCAAACCGAGGUUUCUCUGUCCUCCCAACCUUGGCAGCGGGCCUUCCACAUCUAUGGGGGGUUGGCAUGCAACUCACUAAUGGCUGACUUCUGGUCCGACAGAACUCCUCUCCAUGAAGCGGCCUACCAAGGCAGACUGCUACACCUGAGGAGCCUCGUCGCUCAGGGCUUCCAUGUGGACACACUCACCAUGGACAGAGUCUCUCCUCUUCAUGAAGCUUGCCUCGGUGGCCAUUACGCUUGUGCCAAGUUCCUGUUGGAACAUGGAGCAAAUGUGGAGACAGUAUCAACAGAUUGUGCCACACCUCUCUUUAACUCUUGCAGCAGUGGCAGUGCUGCUUGUGUCAGGCUCAUGUUGCAGCACGGUGCCUCCAUCCACACCCCCUACCAGCGGGCGUCACCCAUUCACGAGGCCGCUAAGAAAGGUCACAGGGAAUGUCUGGAGCUGCUGCUGUCGUAUGGAGCUCAUAUUGACGUGGAGCUGCCAGUGGGGGGGACGCCUCUCUACUCCGCAUGCUUGGCCCGAGCUGAAGCCUGUGUCAGAGUGCUGCUACACUCAGGAGCAGAUGUUCGAAUCGGGUGUGGGCAGGACAGUCCGUUACACGCUGCAGUUCGAGGUGGAGGAGCCGAGGUAGUGGAUCUUCUGCUGGACUUUGGGGCUGAUGGGUGUUGUAGGAACGCGGAGGGAAAGACUCCUCUGGAUCUGUCGUCGUCUAACAGUGCAGUGAGAGUUGCACUGCAAAAAAAAGGUCCCUGCUCUCUGUCUCAGCUCUGUCGGUUAUGUGUUCGUCGGACUCUGGGAAGGAGUCGCCUCCACAGAGCCUCCAUCCUUGUCCUCCCUCACAGUAUCAAGGACUUCCUCCUCUACCAGUGACACGUCUCCGCCCUGCUCUGUGUGUCAGUUAUACUGAGUUGUCCUUCACGUCUGUGCCUCAUCCCUGACAAACAAGGCAAAAUCAAGACAUUCAGAGAAUGGGACAGGGUCAGCCAUCUGUAUUUUAUAAUAUGGUGGCUUUUGAUAUUGUUAUUAUUGUUAUUUAUAUCUUGCUCAAAAGAAAUACUUUGGAUACAGCAUGGAAAGUUGCUUUUAUAUUGCAGAAGCUUUAAUGUAUCAGGUUUUGUAUUUUUAUGCUUUUAAGAUUGUCUUUCCGCUAAGUAUGACCACAUAAGUCCUUUGUACAAGCAGCUCAUUGUGGCUACAGUAAAGCGAGAAGGCUGAAACGUUUGAAUUAGUGGGUGCGUUAAAUUUUUUAAAAUAUUUGAUUGACUUACAAAAUAGUUUUAUGAGAAGCGCAACCAUUUAGGAAUAUACAUAGUUAUUUUUUUCCUAUUGUGUCAAAUCUGACACUAUAUAUAAUUAAGGAUUGAAAGAGAAUGAUAUUAUGUAAGUGAAAUGUUGAAAGGGAAAAGGACCUGAAGAACUGAGGAAUGGACCGAGUUUCAAUCUGCCGUUGCUCAAGGGGAAUAAUUUUCCUGUAUUCAAAUGCCACGCGAAAAGGUCACCUCUGCAGAGACCUUGUUUGAGCUGAUUUAGCUCGACGUGUCUAUACUUAAACUGCAAAGAAAAGCCUCAGAAAAGCCUUAGACACAUCUGAUGUGAUUUGUGUUUUAUUUGUAUUUGUUUGUGUUGAUUGAUCUCCUGCUGCUGAUGUCUGGAUUUAGUGGUUACCUGAAUCUUGUACAAAUGGACCUCUGAAGCGAGCAUUUUAGGUUAAGCUUGACAUUUUCUGUGAACCCACAGUUCACAGUGGGUUUAUACUGACAAUCCAGUGCAAUGAAAUAAAAAAAAUAAAUCAAAGAAUAAAUCGAAUUU